AUGCUUGACGAUACUUCUACUAGAAAUGAAAAGCUAGAUUUCCAUAAAUGGGAGAAGGCAAACAUAAUGAGCAUAAUGAUCAUUCGAGGUGCAAUUCCUGAUGCUAUUCGAGGUGGAAUUCCUAUAAAAGAUACUUCUAAAGAGCUGAUGGAAGUUAUUCAGCCACAAUUUAUGAGUUCAGCGAAGUCUAUGAUUGGUACUCAUAUGGGUCAGCUGACUUCAAUGCGGUAUAAUGGUGAAGGUAGUGUUCGAGAUCACAUCCUUCAAAUGGCAGAUCUGGUAUACAAAUUACGAGGUCUGGAUAUGAAUCUAAAUGAUGAUUUUCUAGUACAACUUGCAGUUAAUUCACUUCCUAAGCAGUUCGAGACUUUCAAGGUCAACUAUAACACUUGUGACAGAAAAUGGAAUGUAAAUGAAUUGAUCUCUCAUUGUGUGCAAGAAGAGGAAAGGCAACGACGUGAAACUAAAGAGUAUGCACAUUUUACUAUUGCUGGUCCUAGCAAGAAAGAUUUCAAGAAAUCCGGAAAGAAUAAGAAACCACAAGAACAGAAAAAGGAAAUACCAAACAAUUAA